AUGGCUUCAACCUCUGCCUUUCCUCAGCAUUCAAGCAGCAAAUCAAGCCCCUUGGAAAAUGAAGAAAGAAAAUGGAUGAUGCAUUACGUAGCCCCAAGCGACGUUGAUGUUAAGGAGGAAAUGUCACCUUACUCCCUGCUCACUGUAAGAAUCAUAAAGUUGAGAAAUGCUCAUCAGGCAGAUUUUUUAAGCCAAUCUGAUUGCUACGUGAGCCUCUGGUUGCCAUCUGCUUCAGAUGAAAAAUUUCACACCAAAACCAUCAAAGACUGCAGAAAUCCUGUGUGGAAUGAAACUUUCUACUUCCGGAUACAGAGAAAAGUCAAGAAUAUUUUGGAAAUUACUGUUUCUGAUGAUGACAUCAUUCAUGAUGAUGACAACACGAUUGUGCUUUUUGAUGUAGCUAAAAUCCCGCUUGGGGAAAGAGUGCUUAUGGCAUUCCCACUAAAUCCACAGAGGAGGGAGGAGCUGGAAGUUGAGUUUGUAUUGGAGAGCAUCCGGGGUCCUCCUGAAACCAUCAUCACAAAUGGGGCAAUAGUGUGUCGUGAAGUAGCCUGCUUGGAAGUUCACUUGGACAGAAGGAUGAAGAAGAAGCAUUCUUCAGAGAAUGAGCUAACAUUUACAGUGAGAGGAUCCUUUGAAGAAACCCAGAGAGUUUCAGUUGGCUGUGACUCCGGCUCCCCAGUCCCAGAUCCCACUCUCUUCCACUAUGCCAAAUACAAGCAGCCUUCCCUGGAUGUUUCACUCACAAAGAAGAGGAAACUUCCCACCUUUUGUGCUUGCAUGUCAUGCGGAGCAAGAAGGAGAAACGUCCCCCUGACUCUCCCUCUCAAGUCGCUCCCCUCUGAGCAGGAAGUAGUAUGUGAGCACAGAAAAUUUGAUUUGCGCUUUAAGGUGAAAGAAUGCCAGGACGACCUAGACAUACGCCUGGGCUUUGACCUGUGUGCCCAGGAACAGGAUUUCAUUCACAAGAGGAAGAAGGUGGUUGCAGCCGCUCUGAAGGACAUUCUCCAGCUGGAGGAGGACUUGCAGGAUGAUGAGGUACCUGUGGUGGCAAUCAUGACAACAGGUGGUGGAACCAGAGCUCUGACAGCCAUGUAUGCUCACCUUCUCAGUGUGCAGGAGCUGAAUGUCUUGGACUGUGUCUCAUAUAUCACUGGUUUAUCCGGCACAACAUGGACCAUGUCAAACUUGUAUGAAGAUCCUGACUGGUCCCAAAAGGAUCUUAAGGAAACACUCAAAGAUGUCCGGAAGCAUGUGCUCAAAAAUAAGUUCUUUACUUGUUUUGCCCCUGAUCGCCUGAAAUACUACUUGAAAGAGUUGUGCCAGAGGAAACAGGAAGGACAUCAAAUAUGUUUCACGGAUCUAUGGGGACUCAUCAUUGAAACCAUGUUACAUGAAAAGGAGGAGUCCUAUAAACUCACAGAUCAGCAGCAGGCACUAAACCAGGGUCAAAAUCCCAUGCCCAUCUACCUCUCUCUCAAUGUGAAGGAUAAAAUCAGCGACCAGGAUUUUAGAGAAUGGGUGGAAUUCACCCCUUAUGAGGUAGGAUUCCCGAAAUACGGGGCCUUCAUUUGUGCAGAAGAUUUUGGUAGUGAGUUCUUCAUGGGUCGCCUGAUGAAGAAAAUCCCAGAAUCCAGAAUCUGCUUUUUGGAAGGGAUCUGGAGCAGUGUAUUUUCCUUGAAUCUUAUGGAUGCUUGGUAUAUAUCUGUUCAUUCAGAAGACUUCUGGCACAAAUGGACCCGAGACAAAAUUACUGACAUAGAUGACGAAACCCUAUUCCCUACAAGACCAAAUGAGCUGGAUACUCGAGUGGUUUGUCCCACCGACAGCUUUUCAGACAUUUUCCGAGAUGUCGCCACGUUACGUCCAGCAGCUUCAGAAAUCCAUAACUUCCUGAAGGGCUUCCAGAUGAACAACAACUACCUAGAGAGCGAGUUUUCCAAAUGGAAAGACUGUGAGCUUGACUCUCAGCCCAACCACCUGACAGCAGGAACAGACUACCUCAUCCUGAUAGAUACUGCAUUUGCCUUUGCUACCAGUUACCCACCCCUUAUGAGACCGGAAAGGAAAGUGGAUGUCAUUUUGCAUUUCAACUACAGUUCAGGUUCCCAGACAGGGCCUCUGAAAGAAGCCUCUAAAUACUUUGCAAAACAGGGAAUUCCUUUCCCUACAAAGGUGCCAGAUGAUCAGGAAACCCCACAUGUGAAGGAAUGCUACAUUGUUGGUGACAAGGAGAGCCCAGAAACACCUAUUGUGAUAUUUUUCCCUCUAGUAAAUGAUACCUUCAGGGACUACAAAGCACCUGGUGUGAAACGUAGUCCUUCAGAGCUGGCAGAGGGUGAUGUUGAUGUUGCCAAUACCUGUGGUCCAUAUUACAUAAACAAUCUGAGUUAUUCAGAGGAAGAUUUUGACAAACUGGUGAACCUAAGUUACUACAACGUCCAGAACAAUAAAGAUUUGAUUCUUCAGGCCUUGCGCACCGCCGUGGAGCGGAAAAAGCAGCAUAAGAAAGAGCAACCACUGCAAAAACCUCCCGAUGGGGAUGGUAUGUGUGUGCCUGAUAGAGAGGGAACCCAGCAUUUGGCUGACUGCCCAGCACUAGGGAAUAUGAAAUAA